AGGUUUUAUUGUGUUAAUUUUCAAAUCUAUAAUAAUUACAUAAAAGCUGAAACCUUUGAAUACGCAAACUCUAUAGUUUUCUAAUGCGCAAAACGAAGGACUUUUAUUUUGAAUUUAGCCCUUACCUAUGUUGACAUUUUUACUUACACCGGCUUCAUUCAUCAUGUGUAGCAUCGUUUAGCGUUUACUUUUCUGCACUAAAUGCUCAAAUGUGCCAGAAAGGGUCUGAAGGAUAUAUAUGGCAGUAAGACCACCAAUUAAGAUGGAAGAAAGGCAGUAUUCAUCUCUGACGGCCCCUAUGGAUUAUCUUCAGUACUGGUAUCAAACCAAUCCUCAGCAGUACCAGGCGGAGCAGGUGCCUCAUUACCACCAGAUGGUUAAUGCCACUCAGUAUGCCGAGAGACCUGUGGAGGACAAAAUCAUGACUGAUCUUUCAGUGCAUCAAGAUCUGUAUCUGGAUCAACCUCAGCAGACUCAUCAACUCUCUGCGCAACCACCAGCCCUUCCGACGACUCCAGCUAAAGGAAAGAAAAGGGGAAGGCCUCCAAAAGGUGAAGGGAAGGAAAGGUCGGAAGCUGAAGAGUCUGCCAAGAAAGCAAAGAGGACUUUGGAUCGCUUCAAUGGGAUGUCAGUGGAGGAAGUCAUGGCUAGAAAGCUGCCAGAUGUCAUCACACAUAAUCUUGACAUGCUGAUUAUCGGCAUCAAUCCUGGACUGUUGUCAGCUUACAAAGGAAGGCAUUAUCCAAAUCCUGGGAACCAUUUUUGGAAGUGCUUAUAUCUUUCCGGUCUGACCGAAGAACAGCUCAACCACAUGCAUGAUCAGACGCUUCCUGAUCGGUAUGGCAUUGGUUUCACCAAUAUGGUGGAGAGGACUACACCCGGGAGUAAAGAUCUAUCAAACAAAGAGAUCCGUGAAGGUGGCCACCAGCUUUUGGAAAAGCUCCAGAAGUACAGACCGUUAAUCGCUGUGUUCAAUGGGAAAUGUAUUUACGAGACAUUUUGCAAGGAGAUCUUUGGAGUAAAGGCUAAGAACUUAGAGUUCGGAUUGCAGCCGUACAAAGUGCCAGAAACGGAGACGGUUUGCUAUCUGAUGCCAUCAUCAAGCCCGCGCUGUGCCCAGUUUCCUCGCGCUCAGGACAAAGUGCACUUCUUCAUCAAGUUAAAGGAGCUCAGGGAUCAAAUGAAGGGAGUGGUGAAGACUCAAGAGAUCCAAGAGACAAACUACACAUUUGAUGUGGCUCUGGCUAAAGAGGAUGCCAAAAGAAUGGCAAUCAAAGAAGAGCAGCAUGACCCUGGAUAUGAGGAGACCUGCGCUCAUGGAUCACAGCAGCACCCACAGCAAGCAUUUGAUGUCCAUCAUUCUACAGAUACAGACCAGGUAUCGGACAACCUGUGGACCAUGCAGCCGUUUGCAGACCAGAUUCCAGACAUCAGAUGUAGCAACAGCAACUGAACUAAAGUAGUUGUCGCACAAAGACUGUUGUCUACACUAUAUGUAGUGAGAAGGACCAACAUUUUUUUAAUUGUUUUAUUUGAUAUUUUAAUGUGUUUUGCCUGUUUCUGAGCGACUGAUUCUUAAGUUAUGUGAAUUCAGUGUGUGGAAGCGUGAAUGAACAAGAAACAUGAGACAUUCUGAUUGAGACAUUUGUUCAUUUUGUGCCUAUAUUUUUAUCCUUUUAAGGAGACUUCAGUCAUAAACUACCGUUCAAAGGUUUGGGGUUAGUAAGAUUUUUUUGGGGGGAGGAAAUCAAUACUUCUAUUCAGCAAGUAUGCAUUUAAAAUAAAUACAAAUUACUUCAAAAUAAUAGGAAAUAUUACAUGAUCAGCAAAUAUUCAUAUUAGAAUGAUUUCUAAUCAUGUAAAGUAUCGUGUGUCCCUGAAGACUGGAGUAACAACCCUGAAAUCAGCUUUAAAUCACUUUACUUUUUAAAAUAUAUUCAAAUAUAAAACGGUUAUUUAAAAUUGUAACACUAUUUCAGUAUAUUACAAUACAAUUUUUGCUCUAUUUUGGGUCAAAAAAAAAUGCAGCCUUGAUGAGCAUAAGAGACUUCUUUUUAAAAACAAAUAUAAAUCUUACCCAAACAUUUGAUUGGUAAUGUGUAUUCUGAUUAGCUGAGGUUUUCUGUUUUCGUGAUAUUGUAAUUUUCACAUUCACUUUUUUUUUUUUGUUAUUAAUUUUUUUUUAAUAUACGAGUUUUUUUUUAUUGCAACAAAUUCCUAAUGGAAACCAUGGCUGGACUCCGGAAGAGGUUUAUCACUGUGCAUGUCCUCAGUGCAUGGAUUUAUAGUAGUAUUGCAGAUGGCAUGCUCAGUCCCAAGUUAUGGUGCUUAUUGAAUACAGAUCACUCAAUUUACCUCAUUUUGAAUGCUAUUUUUAGACUUUUUAGAAUUGUGUUUGUUGUUUUGCAGUCAUUGUGUGUGUGUAUAUAUGUUUAGUACCAUUUUGUUACAUCAUAAUAACCCAUCUUAAGUUUUGUUGUGAGAAUUAUGUACUAUGUAUGUCAUUUUGUAAGCUGUAUUUUAUUUAUUUUUUAUAUGUAUGUAUUACUAAGGGCCAAAUAAAGCCAUGUGUAUUAGUUAUUGUCACAACUGAAUUUAAAAUACAUACCUUUCUUUUACAUCUAAAAUAAAAGCCUCGACUAUAAUCUUCGUUGUGGGGAAAUAAAUGAAUAACAAUGUUUUGCAAGGUG